AUGAUCAAUCCAUACGCAAUCCGGCAGCUACUGCGGCCGGCGCACGUUGACGAUGUGAAAGUCGUCCUCGCUGUCAGUAACGACUGUAUUGCUAGUGGCUCGAGAGACGGAUCCAUUGGCAUAUGGAAAUUGGAGACUACAGAUGAAGAGGCAGGGAGCUCCAGUUCUUUUCAGCUCAAGGCACUCCUUGGAGGACAUGGGGCGUACGUCAACUCACUGGCAUACAUUCCAAAUGGUGAUCCUUCCUCGGCAUACAUAGCUUCUGGCGGGAACUCAACCAUGAUCUUGCUUCACUCGCUUGAAACUCUAGAUCCCGAGUCAACGCACGCCUUGCUUGGACACUCGCUCAACGUCUGUACAUUGAGCUAUAGCCCUCAAAGGUCCCGUCUGAUUAGUGGAAGCUGGGAUAAGACGGCGAGAGUGUGGAAGAAGCAUGAUCUUAUCGAUCAUGAUGAAUCAAAUGAGGCCCUGUGGGCUACAGAGCUACUUCUGGAAGGGCACGUUGAAGCCGUUUGGGGCGUUGCGAUAGUGGAGGAAGGACCUAAGGCGGGUCAUUAUCUGACAGGUGAGGCUUGUGAUCCUUCGGACCGUCUGAUCAAUCUGUGGGAUCCUUCUGGUAACAUGCUCCUGCGUAUCAAAGGAUCCCCUGAACCCGUCAGGAGUAUCAGCAUGGAUGGCAACACGUUCAUCAGCGCGUGUAAUGAUGGGCUGGUCCGGAGAUGGGACAUGACGGGGAGCGUUUUACAGAUAUACAGAGGCCACACGGACUAUGUCUAUCACGUCGUUGCGCGAGAUGGCCAGAUCGUUUCUUGCGGAGAGGAUCACUCCGCGAGAGUAUGGGCAUCUGAGCCGGAAGCCCGAGUGUUGCUCCAUCCCUGCCAAAGCGUGUGGAGUGCUGACAUCCUACCGAACGGGGAUAUCGUCACAGGCGGAUCUGAUGGAGUCGUGAGAGUAUGGACCGCAGAUUCGGGGAGGACAGCCACGGAAGAGGCGCAAAAUGCCUACGAGCUUGAAGUUGAGGAGGGGAUGAAACUGUUCAAACAGGAGAAGGUGGCUGAUGCAACAUCGGCAAAUGUCACGACCAAGUCGCCGCAAAGUCUCACGAUCGAUAUUGACAUUAGGCGAGUAUAUGGAAAAAUGGAGCUGAUGCUCAGUGAUGACGCCGAUCCUAUACCCUUGACAAUCUCCGUUGGCGGUGGGUCUCGCUAG